UGUGUGUGUGUGUGUGCCCCCGAGCUGGUUUAGCUGCAUGCAAAUGACUUUCUAAAAGGGUGGUGGAUUACAAGGAGAAACUGGCAGUACUCUCAGACUUAUACUGUGGGAAGAUGAAGGAAGAUGAAGGCCCAGUGACUUAGAGCCUCUUUUCUGUGAAUUAACAAGAGACUGAUCAACUGCUUGCAGAAAAAGUGACAUUCCUCUAAAAGGACUUCUGCAGGUGGAGACUGAGCCUACCUAGUCUUGCAGGAGAAAGGAAAUAAAGGGAAUUAUUAAUGCAAAUGUAAGGAAAGUCAAGCUCAAAUAUACCCCCAAGGGCUUAAUCUGCAUGCAUUUCUUCUCUCAUUUUCAUUUGUUUGUUAGCAUGGGAAAAACAAUGUCCCCAGACAAAAGGAUUUUGAAGGUUUGUAUGCUGGUCUUUGAAGAAAAAGGUUACAAGAAGGCAAGAGAGUUUAAGUCAUGGGGAAAGACUUAACUCUGGCGUCAAGGACAAAGAAGAAAUAUAGCAAAGCUAAGAGUACUUUAAUAGUUUAAGUAAAAUAUUAAAUGAUGUGGCAUAAAAAUAUUAAGUUCUAUAAAUGCCUAGUUGUUACUCAGAAUUUAGUCUGCAAUAAUUCAGUCUUCAAAAAGAUAACUUUCUGAGGUAAAGCCAUUUUUCUUUUCUAGACAAAAUAACUUUUACAAGUUAUUUCUCUAGAUGCUACCUAUGAGCGCUCAUUAGCUGCCUUGACUCUCAGGGUGAAUUCUUUCAGUUUGGCGAUUGGUUCCUCAGCUGCAGACACAUUCUUGUUCCCUUCAUCUAAGUGGAAACUUUGAAAGUUAUGUAGUUUUUGAAACAAGAUGGAAUUCUUUCAAGUUUGUAUCUUAGGACACUUAAGAACUUGGAUUUGACUUCCAGGAUGGUUAUACAAAAAGUAAAAGAUCAAGUGCUCACAAGGUUAAAUUUCAGGAAAGCCCUCUUGGAUGCAAGACAAAGGCGGGGUGUAAAACGAAAACAAAAGUAGCUUGAGUUAAAGAGGUCAUUUGAUUUUAGUCUUCACUCAAGACUGCUCCUCUCUGCCCACUGAAACAGAUUGGAGCCAUGGCUUUGGAACACAACCAGUCAACAGAUUACUAUUAUGAGGAAAAUGAAGUGAAUGGCACUCAUGACUAUAGUCAGUAUGAAGUGAUCUGUAUAAAAGAAGAAGUCAGAAAAUUUGCAAAAGUCUUCCUGCCUGCCUUCUUCACAAUAGCUUUCAUCAUUGGAAUUGCAGGCAAUUCCAUAGUAGUGGCGAUUUAUGCCUAUUACAAGAAACAGAGAACCAAAACAGAUGUGUACAUCCUGAAUUUGGCAGUGGCAGAUUUACUCCUUCUAUUUACUCUGCCUUUUUGGGCAGUUAAUGCAGUUCAUGGGUGGGUUUUAGGGAGAAUCAUGUGCAAAGUCACUUCAGCCUUGUACACUGUCAAUUUCGUCUCUGGAAUGCAGUUUCUGGCUUGUAUCAGCAUAGACAGAUAUUGGGCCGUAACGAAAGCCCCAAGUCAAUCAGGAGUGGGGAAACCAUGCUGGCUUAUCUGUUUCUUUGUCUGGAUGGUUGCCAUCUUGCUGAGUAUACCACAGCUGGUUUUUUAUACAGUAAAUCACAAGGCUAGGUGCAUUCCCAUCUUUCCAUAUCACCUAGGAACAUCAGUGAAAGCAUCAAUUCAAAUGUUGGAAAUCUGCAUUGGAUUUGUAAUACCCUUUCUUAUUAUGGGAGUAUGCUACUUUGUCACAGCAAGGACACUCAUCAGGAUGCCCAACAUUAAAAAAUCUCGACCCCUCAAAGUUCUGCUCACGGUGGUGAUAGUUUUCAUUGUCACUCAGCUGCCUUAUAACAUUGUCAGGUUCUGCCAAGUCAUAGACAUCAUCUACUCCCUGAUCACUGACUGUGACAUGAGCAAACGCAUGGAUGUUGCCAUCCAAAUCACAGAGAGCAUCGCACUCUUUCACAGCUGCCUCAACCCAGUCCUGUAUGUUUUUAUGGGAGCAUCGUUUAAAAACUACAUCAUGAAAGUUGCCAAGAAAUAUGGGUCCUGGAGAAGACAAAGACAAAACGUGGACGAGAUUCCUUUUGACUCAGAAGAUCCUACAGAGCCAACCAGUACUUUUAGCAUUUAAAUGUAAAACUGUCUCUUGCUUCGAUUCACAUGAAUGAUGCUUCUCCCCAGAGAAAACAUCUGCUUUAUUCUGAAACUUAAAUGUUAAACACUGUGGUGCCAACUUAUAACAAUCAAAAGGUGGGGGAGGAUGGGAGAAUGUAGCAGCCAGGAAGAAGAGGAAAUGAAAUCACAAGUGCACAAAACAUGAACUUAACAUUAACAAUAUAGGAAAAUAGUAUUAACAGAUAUUAAUAAUGAAAACACUAUGCUAUAAAUUAGGCCAUCUGAAACAGAUUAAUACAGAGGCUUAUAUAAACGAGCAUUUAUAAUUAUUUUAAAUGAUCUAAAUUUUAAUAUAAGAAUGACUUCACUGCAUAAUUUCAGUACUUGAAUAACUAUACAGCAAAAUUUAAUCCUUUUUUCCCAUUUCGUAGUUUGUGAUUUCGUAAGACGCCAGACAGAAUAACAAUUUAACAAUAAAAAAAUACAUAAAAAGCUUUAAUGGCCCUUUUAAUACAUUCCUGGUAAAAUUUUUUUUCUUUUUUUUUCUUUUUCUUUUUCUUUUUAUCCCUGCUAAAUUUCUGAACACAUAAUUUGCUUCCAUGAUGUCAACUUUCUUUAAUAAUAACUUGGUUAUCUUAUUAGAUUUACAUGUAUACUCUAGAAGAAAUCUUUAGAUAAUCAUAUUUACCCAGGUUCCAAUUUUAUGACUUCCUAAAGGGCUCAUCCAUUUAUGUGAGUCUAUUACCGAGGGUUAAGAAUACAUUUUCUCAUGUAUAGAUUCUUAUUUUUUUGCUUAAGCACUUGUAUUUUUAAGCAAUGAAGAAACGUGACACAAUAAAUGAUUUCUAAUAACAUGUA